AGUUGGUCUCUCAGUCCGUCUGCGCACCAUUAGUGAGCUCUGUGUUGCAGACGCCGCCGCCUAGCCUGCUGCGCCUCUCCUCUCCAGUCUUCACACGCUAAGUCACCGCAGAGUGGGAUCAUCGUCAUCAUCAUCUUUUUGGGGGCUUUUUUUAAGAACUCACCUGCGUGUGGUGCUUUUUGCAAAACCUACCUGAAUCCCAGGGGAUCAUCUGGAGUUUAAUGCUGGGAACAAGCGUGUGGAUUUGGACUGUUUAGAAGUUGGAAUACCUCCAGGCUUGUCUGUGCUCACCUGUUGCUCCUGGUGUGAGAGUGAGUACAUGCCACAGGGUGCGUGAGCAGUGGACUCACUCCAAGGUGUGACUUCUGAGUGGCAUUCAGAGUUGUCAAGCGGGCGAGAAGGAGCGUUAACAUUCUUGAGGAAUUUGGUGACCUGUGCAUACAGAUAUGGCUACGCUGAGAAGUUGGCUGCUUGGGCUCUUGCUGGUUCUGCUCUGCAGUUUCCAGACGCCCCUGGCUCCCUCUGCUGCCGUCAAGGCCCAGGAGCUUCCUCUCAUCCAUGAGGAGGGACUAAUGGCAGACGAUGAUGAUGAUGAUGAUGAUGACGAUGAUGAUGACGACGACGACGACGAUGAUGACGACGAUGAUGACGAUGACGACGAUGAUGACGAUGACGACGAUGAUGAUGACGAUGAUGACGACGAUGAUGACGACGAUGAUGAUGACGACGACGACGAUGACGACGACGACGAUGAUGACGAUGAUGAUGACGACGACGAUGAUGACGACGACGACGACGACGACGACGAUGAUGACGACGACGAUGAUGAUGAUGACGAUGACGAUGACGACGAUGAUGAUGAUGACGAUGACGACGAUGACGAUGAUGACGACGACGAUGACGAUGAUGAUGAUGACGAUGACGAUGACGACGACGAUGAUGACGACGAUGACGACGACGAUGACGACGACGAUGAUGACGAUGAUGAUGACGAUGAUGAUGACGAUGAUGAUGAUGACGACGAUGAUGACGAUGAUGAUGAUGACGAUGAUGAUGAUGACCAUGAAGAUGAUGAAGAAGAAUACCAUGACGGCUCCAUCUGCAGCUUCUGUGCCCACUGUGAGCACUGUGACAGCUGUGACAAGUGUCCAUGUAAAAAAGGAGACAAAUCUGAGCACUGUGAAUUCUGUGAGUCCUGUAAUAUGUGUGCUGUGUGUCCUGUGUGUGACACCGUGUGCCAGCCAGGUGGUUUGUUGGACUCUGUAACUGGCUCCAUCUAUAAGACGGUUGCUGAUAUCUUCGAUGAUGAUGAUGAUGAUGAUAAAGAUGAUGAUAAGUAAAAGGUCUUCAUCGCCACCGUGUGGCCCAGAGUGUAAAUCAGCGGCUCGGGAAACAGAACAAGGAAUUCAUUCUUAUAUGUGAACGGAUCCUUAAUGAGUUUAUUAAUAAUCGGAUAAGUUUUUAUCACUUCAUUGUUUAAUUGGCGGUGAUGUGUAACUGAGCAUCUGCGUGGUGUUUAAUAAAAUAAUAAAAGUUUUA